AUGCAGCAGUUCGGAUGGGGGUUCGAUCCUAUCGUACACCCAGCUUGGUGUAUCUAUGAGGCAAAGGAGCUGCUGAAAGGAGAUGAAAAUACCAGAUGCCAAGAUCACAACCAGAUACUUCCCCCAAGCAUGCACUCAUCGCAGCCACAAGAUACUUUCUAUGCCCCUAAAAAAGGACUACGAUUGACCGAGGAAUCUGUCUGCAGCUCCUGUCUAGAAUGUGACCGAGAGCAAGAGCAAUUCUGGGGUUUUGACGGCGCAGUAGAAGCGCUCAUUCACCGUACAGACUGA